AUGGCAGAGACUUUUGCUUUCCAAGCCGAGAUCAACCAAUUGCUCUCCCUAAUCAUCAACACUUUCUACAGCAACAAAGAGAUCUUCCUUCGUGAACUCAUCAGCAACUCCUCCGAUGCUUUGGACAAGAUUAGGUCUGGUACCAAGGAAUUCAUGGAGGCGUUGGCUGCUGGAGCUGAUGUUAGCAUGAUUGGCAGUUUGGUGUUGGUUUCUACUCGGCUUACCUUGUUGCUGAUAAGGGGAACGAAGAUGACUCUUUACCUCAAGGAAGACCAGUUGGAGUACCUUGAGGAGAGGAGGCUUAAGGAUUUGGUCAAGAAGCACUCUGAGUUCAUCAGCUACCCUAUCUCUCUCUGGACUGAGAAGACCAUUGAGAAGGAGAUUUCUGAUGAUGAAGACGAGGAAGAGAAGAAGGAUGAGGAAGGCAAGGUCGAGGAGGUAGAAGGAGAAGGAGAAGAGGAGAAGAAGAAGAAGAUCAAGGAGGUUUCUCACGAGUGGGAUUUGGUGAACAAGCAGAAGCCUAUCUGGAUGAGGAAAGCCAGAGGAGAUCAACAAGGAGGAGACAGCUCGAGUUCAAGGCUAUCCUCUUUCGUUCCCAAGAGAGCUCCUUUCGAUCUCUUUGACACCAAGAAGAAGCCAACAACAUUAAGCUCUACAGAGACUUUGCAGCAGAACAAGAUCCUCAAGGUCAUCCGCAAGAACCUUGUGAAGAAGUGCCUUGAGCUCUUCUUUGAGAUUGCUGAGAACAAGGAGGACUACAACAAGUUCUACGAGGCAUUCUCCAAGAAUCUGAAGCUCGGUAUCCACGAGGACUCUCAGAACAGAACCAAGAUCGCUGAGUUGCUCCGUUACCACUCAACCAAGAGCGGUGAUGAAUUGACCAGCCUCAAGGACUACGUGACGAGGAUGAAGGAAGGUCAGGAGGACAUCUUCUACAUCACCGGUGAGAGCAAGAAGGCUGUGGAGAACUCUCCAUUCCUCGAGAAGCUCAAGAAGAAGGGGUACGAAGUUCUUUACAUGGUUGAUGCCAUUGACGAGUACGCCAUUGGUCAGCUCAAGGAGUUUGAGGGAAAGAAGCUCGUCUCUGCAACAAGGAAGACAAGGUCGAGAAGGUUAUCGUCUCUGACCGUGUUGUGGACUCACCUUGCUGUCUUGUCACCGGCGAGUACGGCUGGACCGCAACAUGGAGAGGAUCAUGAAAGCUCAGGCUUUGAGAGACAGCAGCAUGGGUGGUACAUGUCGAGCAAGAAGACGAUGGAGAUCAACCCAGAGAACUCGAUCAUGGACGAGCUGAGGAAGAGAGCUGAAGCGGACAAGAACGACAAGUCCGUGAAGGAUCUGUUCUUCUUCUCUUUGAGACUGCUCUUCUCACUUCUGGUUUCAGCCUCGACGAGCCCAACACUUUCGGGAGCAGAAUCCACAGGAUGUUGA